AUGACAUCCUAUCUUCAGAAAGAAAGGUUCCCAGACCAGUGGAAGACCUCGCAAACCGUUCUUAUCCAUAAGAAAGGUGACCGAGAGGACCUUCGGAACUACCGCCCGAUAUGCUUGCUGAGCGUGUUAUACAAAGUAUUCACCAAGAUCAUCCUCACACGCAUAUCUAGGACGCUGGAUGAAGCCCAGCCUCAAGAACAAGCUGGAUUCCGCCAAGGGUUCAGCUGCUUGGACCACAUCCAGACCGUGUCGAGGGUCAUAGAGGUUUGCCGGGAAUACUGCCUGCCCCUUGUUCUAACCUUCGUCGACUAUGAGAAAGCCUUUGACAGCGUAGAAACGAAUGCAAUACUGUCAGCGCUGGUCGAUCAAGGUGUGGACGCGUCGUAUGUGAGGACAUUAGUCAAUUGCUACGAACGAUGCACGACUAGGAUACAGCUUUUCCACCGCCCUCUCACCAUACCCAUAGGAGAAGGGGCACGACAAGGCGAUACUAUAUCGCCGAAGCUGUUCACGGCUGCAUUGCAAUGGAUAAUGAAAUCACUAUCCUGGGAAGAAAGGGGCAUACGUGUUGAUGGAAGAUUUCUUUCGAACCUUCGUUUGGCGGACGAAUCUUUCUUUUUUCGGGCAGUACCAAUGAAGCAGAAAUGA